UCUUCCGGUCACGUGACAGCGUACUUCCUCUUUUUUUUCUCUUCUUAGUCAGGCUCUGAGGUCUUACACCAGCAACCCUAACGUUCAGCAAUUUGUAUUUAUGCAUUUAAGCAUUUAAGCUCCUGAUUUUGUUACUUAUCUUGGAACAUUGUACUUCAGCCCCAGUGGUUUUCGUAAUCUGCUACAAACCAGUUGAUGAGUCGAACGAAUAGAACGACCGAUCGUGCAGGAUUCAGAUCAUUUGGAUUGGUGGAUACGUAUCCGUAUAUGUGUGUUUGUGAAGACUGGCUUCAAUUUAUCUUGUAAAUCGCUUGGCUUGUUGGUUGAGAAACGAUGGUUGAUUCAACGACAAUAGCGGCCAUGGAGAUGUUGAACGUUACAGAAACAGAAUCAUCUUUAAUGCACGAACGCAAAGAGUUUAUGUACUUUGCUGCCUUUUGCAUUAUCGUAUCGAUUAUUGUUGGCUUGAGCGGUAACCUAUUGACCAUCGUGGCACUAGUACAAUGUCCAAGAGUACGCAGUGCCCCAGCUGCUUUCAUCAUUAGCCUCUGCGUUGCUGAUUUUUUGUUCUGUGCUUUGAGCUUACCAUUCAGUGCUUCUAGAUUUAUCCACCAGAGAUGGAUCCAUGGUGACGUCCUGUGCGUCAUAUUCCCCUUCAUGCGGUAUGUCAAUGUCGGGUUGUCCCUGCUGUCCAUCACGGCGAUCACCAUUAAUCGUUAUGUCCUUAUCGCCCACCAGAAAGUUUAUGAAAAGAUCUACCGUAAACGUUACAUAUCACUCAUGAUUGCCGCAGUUUGGCUGUUCUCCUUCGCUAUGUUGUUACCUACACUAAUAGGCGCAUGGGGGCGCUUUGGCUACGACAAGAAUAUUCUAAGCUGUUCCAUCCUGAAAGUAAACGGCCGAUCUUCAAAGACAUUCUUGUUCAUCUUCGGUUUCCUCAUCCCCUGUAUCACCAUCAUCGUUUGUUAUGCCCGUAUUUUCUGGGUGAUAAAAAGGAGUGCCAACCGAGUUCGUGGCCACAGUAACUCGGAAACAAAGGAACAGAAGAAAGACCGGGAUGCAAAGAAAAGGAAAGAGGAAUGGCGCGUGACACGAAUGGUUCUCAUAAUUUUCUGCUCUUUUCUCGUUUGUUACCUUCCUAUUACUAUUGUAAAG